AUGCUACUUGCAGCUUUCACCCCAGCAUCUCGUUCAUGCUGGCUUCCGCAGCGAGGCUUCCAUGCCUCAUACCCGAACUUCGCGAAAUACCGGCCUAUGAGGCAGCCCCUCAAGGUCGGCGCCUUUACGAUUCCUCACAGUCCAGCGCUGCCCAUCUCGCAAGUGCCCCUCGAACAACUGCUCGAGUCGCCGAAACAUAACGGAUCUCUGAUCGACGAUUUGAGGACCUUGUUCACCAAGAACCCAGCCACCUUCUACCAUGGAACCUCCGAUUUCUAUACCCUCAAGAAGAACACACGUGUUCCUGAGAUCUGCGUUCUCGGGCGCUCCAAUGUCGGCAAGUCCACUCUUGUUAACGCUAUAGCGAAUCGUCGCGAGAAGGAGCUGGCGCAUACGAGCUCUAAGGCUGGGAGAACGAGGGCAAUGAACGCUUUUGGUUUCGGGCCUGCGCCGACGAUGAAGGAGCUUGCCGAUACUUCCACCGAGGUCAAGAGGACAGAGGAUCUGCCCAAGCACAGCCUGUUCAUCGUCGAUAUGCCGGGAUAUGGUCACAGAUCUCUGAAGGACUGGGGGCGCAAUAUCAACCUAUACCUACAUAAGAGGCAGUCUGUGAAAGGAGCUGUGGUGCUCAUUGACGGCGAGGUUGGCCCCAAGAGUACCGACUUGGUGGCUCUGGAUUUGCUGUGCGAAGCUGGCGUCAGAACUGCAAUCGUGCUCACCAAAGCAGACAAGGCCAGGGAUGAGGCGAUGCUGCUCAAUACUUGCCAAGAGUUGUGGAAUACAUUGCGCGACAUUCAAUUCAAACAUCUUGAAAGCGGUUGGCAAUGGGAAAAGGACAUCUUUGUCACAGCUGUUGGCGCAACCAAGAAGGAAGUCGGCGCCGACACGGUAGAUGUCGCUCGGCUGGUUAUUGCUCGCUUGGCUGGUUUGGUCGACGAGAAGGUUCGACCUGAACAAGAGGCAGCCAAGAAAUACAGCGGCAAGAUCGUUUCGUUUGACGACUUACAGUAU